ACCAUGCCCUCAUGCUAUAUACUUGGUUGGCAAAGUUAGGCAACUAAAGAAUGAGGACUUUGUGCAUGACUACUAUUCCGUAGAGAGAUUCAAGAUGGCCUAUCAGUUUCAGAUCGCUCCAAUGAAUGGCAGGGCAGAAUGGCCAAAGGUUGAUGUUGGUUUUGAAAUGAUUCCUCCACCUCUACAAAGGGCUGCUGGCAGACCACGAAAACAGAGAAUUAAGGCGAGUGGGGAGCCGGGGGAAAGAGGACCAUAUCAAUACAAAAGGUGCUUUCAGUUUGGGCAUAUAGAAAAGGGUUGUACUGCUACUCAAGCUGAACUAGAACAAGAGCUUCCACCACCUCAUCCAAAGAAAGGGAAAAAAGCAAGGAAAAGCAUAUUAGAGGAUGUUCAGGCCUCCAAAACAUCUGUUGAACCAACUGUGUUGCCGCAUUCAAGCCCAGGUGUAGCAACUCGACCAUCGGCUCCUCUUUCUCCAACCAGCCCCGGUGUAACAACUAGAAGGAUGGCUUCUCUCUCUCCAACUAGCCCAGGUGUUACAACUAGAAGGAUGGCUUCUCUCUCUCCAACUAGCCCAGGUGUUACAACUAGAAGGAUGGCUGCAAUCUCACCAGGAGGUAUCAAUCGCCGGAUCAUCAUUGAGUAGAUCAAUUAGCUGCCUAGAGGGAUAAAUUCACUUUUGUAUUGCUACAUGUGCAAAGAUGCUACUUUGAUGUGAACAAUAUUAUGUACUGAAGUUCAGCUCUAUAUUGUUGAAAGUCUUCUUUAUAUGCCCAA